AUGGCCUCGAUAAGAGGGUCGGCCUAUAGGGGGGCCCCCAAGGUAAAGUCUAAGAAGGAGAGGGUCCUUGCUGCUGCUGCUGCAGCAGCAGCAGCAACAGCAGCAGCAGCAGAAGCAGAAGAUACAGCAGAAGAAUCCCCAUCUCCUGCUGCUGCUGCCGCUGCUGCUGCUGCUGCUGCUGCUGCUGCUGCUGCUGCUGCUGCUGCUGCUGAGAAGAAGACCAAGAGAACAAAGAAAACAAAAAGUGAAAUCGAAGGCAGCAGCGAGGCUGCACAGCAGCAGCAAAAGAAAAGAAAACUGCAGCAGCAGCAGCAGCAACAGCAGCAGCAGCAGCAGCAGCAGCAGCAAGAGGAGCAGCAGCAACCAGAAGAAGCAGACGAAGAAGACAGCUCAGCAGUGCUGCUGAGAAGAAGACCAAGAGAACAAAGAAAACAAAAAAGGCUUAUUGGCGACACCUUCUUCCCCAUUCAACUGGCUGUAAUCCCUCAUCUGCUGCGGCUGCUUGAGCUUCCUUUUGGGUCCCCUGAGGCCAGCGACGUCUGCGUGCAUGCAGCCACAGGGGAGGGAAAGACUCUCUGCUAUGCGCUGCCGCUCGUUAGCCACCUCUUCAACUCAGUCGUCCCGCGUCUCCGCUGCGUGGUGUUAACCCCAACCCGCGAGCUGGCGCUGCAGCAGAAGGAACAGCAGCAGCAGCAGCAGCAGCAGCAGCAGAAGCAGCAGCAGAUGUUAUUGUUUGUACACCCGGGCGUGGUCGUUGUGAGCAGGACGGGGCCCCUCCUUUGA